GGCUUCCUCGGCGCUUGGGCGCCGCGACGCUGCUGCCCCUUCCACUCCCUGUUGUGCUGCCGUUCUGCCUCGACGCCGACGGUGAUCGCCUGGCUUCGUGAUCGCCUGGCUUCGUGGUCAUGUCGCUGCAGGUGUGGCGUGUGGCAUUUGCUUCGGUGCGGCGCAGGGCACCGCCAAGUGCAAGCUCGAGGUCGUCCUUGACCCAGGCGGCGUCGGCGACUACUCGUGCUAUGGUCAUGCGCAUGCUGGAUAAUUAUGGUCUCUCCACGGGUCGCAGAUCACAUCGCAGUUGACCGAGGGCAUCGACUUUCCGAUGGCCGCACGGAGGCAUGCUUUGGGUUUCGUCAGGCUGGCGUUUUUCAUGGUUGUUCUGGUGGGAGGUCCGUCUGGCGAUGACGACGACGGAGAUGAUGAUCGUGGUGGUCAUUGCGGUGGCGGCAUGCGACGCCACGCUCUUCCUGCAAGGCGUGCGGUUCGUCCAUGGGCCCAGGCGUGCGACUCGUGGUCGUCAGGGCCGUUGCGCAAGGCGCCUUGGACUCGACCUCAGGGUUCUCACGUGUCUCUCGGUGUACCUGGGUAUGCUGACCUUCCUGCUGAUUGUACGACUCCUCUGGGCGGAGUCCUUCCUGAUCAUGAUGCUGGUGCUCAGGCGGGGUCCGAUGACUGGGCUAGUCGUGCCGAUCCUCCUGUCCUACCUGCUUGCGGUGCUGUCUUCCCUGAUGGUGAGGGGGCUGCUCUUUCUUUGCCUGCUGGACGGGGUUGUCGUCCAGUACUUGCGCCUCGUCCUUGGCUCGAUCUUCACCGUGCUGUAUUUCGCCCUCCUCUUCGUCCUGGCGGCGCUCUUGAACGAGAUGCUGUACCCGGGCCACUUCAUCGACUUAGCUGCCUCGAUACGCACGUUUUAAUACGCA